AUGUUCUUUCACAUAUUCUCCAUUUCGAUACUGAGUGCUGUGACCUUAAGCAGAGCACAGUUUCGGUGCCCGGAACAAAAGGGUUUCUUUCCAGAUCCGGAACAGUGCGAUCUUUAUUACGUAUGCCUGGACGGCAAAUCGGAGGAGAAGCUAUGCAAGGAUGGCCUUGUCUUCAGAGAUGAAAAUCCUAAGAAAGAACUUUGUGAUAUCCCUGCCAAUGUGCCCUGUGGAGAUAGAACACUUCUUCAAGAGCCACAGCCUAGCAAAGGAUGUCCACGUGCCAAUGGUUAUUUCAAGCACGAAGAUCCAAGCUCCUGUGAUCGUUUCGUAAACUGUAUCGACGGCGUGGCCCAAAUAAUGCCUUGUCCACCUGGUCUGAUCUACGAGGAUAAAAUGUCGAGUUGUGUCUGGCCAGCAGACGCCAGUAGAUUAUGCGAGAACGUGAAACGAGACGUCCUCGACGACGGUUUCGUUUGCCCAGAUGGAGAUGUGUCUGGACCACUCGGCAGGAUUUUACCUCAUCCUACGUAUCCUCAUCCGGAGGACUGUGCUAAGUUCUAUAUUUGCAAGAACGGCGUAGUGCCGCAGAAAGGACAGUGCGAGCCAGGUACCGUUUAUAGCGAAGACAGCUUCAAGUGUACCGAUCCGGAUAGCGUGCCUGGAUGCGAAGACUACUACAAGAACAAGAACUAA